AUUGACACGCGUGCGUUGCAGUCUCCGGUUUUAUCGGUUUGCACCGUAGUUUCGUCAUUCUCGUUGUAGAUCUAACGUCUGGCGAAGUCUGUGAGCGAUGGAAGUGGAAAAAGUAGAGGUCCCAGCGCCACUAGGCGCUGAUGGGAAGCCAAUUUCAAAAAAAGCGUUAAAAAAACAACAAAAAGAAGCAGAAAAAGCUGCAAAGAAAGCUGAGAGAGCUUCUGCUGCUGCUGCUGCGGCUGCCGAGAAAGAAAACCAGGAAGUGGACUAUUCAGCCAAUAAAUAUGCAGUAUCUCCAAUGAUUCAGUCACAGCAUAAAAUGGAUCGUGUAAUGUUAAAGAUUAAAGACUUGAACUCUACCCUAGCUGAGAAACGAGUCUGGUUACGAGCAAGGAUACAUACGAGCAGAAGUAAAGGCAAGCAGUGUUUUGUGGUUCUACGUCAGCAAAGCUACAAUGUGCAAGGCCUUGUAGCAGUCAGUCAGGUGGUCAGUAAAGCAAUGGUCAAGUUUGCAGCCAACAUUACCAAGGAGUCGAUAGUUGAUGUCGAAGGCAUAGUGAAAGAAGCUAAAGUUGAAAGUUGUUCACAGAAAGACGUUGAAAUACUUAUAGAGCAAUUGUACGUUGUCAGUGCGUCUGAACCUCAAUUACCUUUACAAUUAGAUGAUGCCGUGCGGCCGGCAACUGAAGAUGACGAAAGUAGACCAACAGUGCAUCAAGAUACCAGACUGGAUAAUCGUAUAAUUGAUCUCAGGACCUCUACAAGUCAAGCUAUAUUUCGUUUGGAAGCGUCUGUUUGUCAGUUAUUUCGAGAAGUAUUAAUGAAGCAAGGAUUUGUUGAAAUUCACACUCCUAAAAUGAUUGGCGCUGCUAGUGAAGGUGGUGCUAAUGUGUUUACUGUUAGUUACUUCAAGACUAAAGCGUAUUUAGCACAAUCACCACAGCUGUAUAAGCAGAUGGUUUUAGCGGCUGAUUUUGACCGUGUCUGGUCGAUAGGCUCAGUAUUCCGUGCAGAAGACUCUAAUACUCAUCGGCAUCUUACAGAAUUCAUCGGACUGGAUUUAGAAAUGACGUUUUAUUAUCACUACCAUGAGGUGGUUGAUUUGAUUGGUGAUAUGUUUGUUCAAAUAUUCAGAGGACUACAGGAACGAUGCAAAGAAGAGAUUGAUGUGGUCAAUAAACAAUAUCCAAUGGAACCAUUCAAAUUUCUAGAUCCUUCAUUGAGACUAGAAUAUCAUGAAGGAAUCCGAAUGUUAAAAGAAGCAGGAUUUGAUAUAGGAUUUCAAGACGAUCUCAGCACGCCUGCUGAGAAGUUACUUGGUAAACUGGUCAAGGCAAAAUAUGAUACUGACUUCUUUAUAUUAGAUAAAUAUCCUCUGGAGGUGCGGCCAUUCUACACCAUGCCUGAUCCCAAUGACCCAAAAUCGUCUAAUUCUUAUGACAUGUUCAUGCGUGGUGAAGAGAUAUUGUCGGGAGCUCAGCGAAUACACGACCCAGAGUUACUGAUAGAACGAGCAACGGAACACGGGAUUGGCAUUGAAAGUAUCAAGCCAUAUAUUGAUUCAUUUCGAUAUGGUGCUCCUCCCCAUGCUGGGGGCGGUAUUGGACUUGAGAGAGUGACCAUGCUGUUCCUGGGAUUGGAUAAUAUUAGGAAGACGUCGCUAUUCCCACGUGAUCCCAAACGGUUAGCACCAUAAGUCAGAGUAUACCCGUUCUUGGAGAAGUCGGAUCUAUAGUGACACAUGUUGAUAAUAAUCCUUGCCAAAGAUAUGUGUAAUUAUACCAGCUCUACAAUACAUCAGUCCCUGAUUGAAUAAGUUGACAGCUUUUGUCAUUUUCCUUAGUGAAGACUUUAUUUUAGCUGGAAUUAAUGUUUGACUUUUCAGAUGUUGAAUGUGAAAUAUAGGAAAAAAGGUAUAUUUGCGGGAUUUUAUUUUCACUAAAUUAUUCUGUCAGUGAAAAUAGCGAAAAUUAAUUCCAAGGUAAAAUAAAUUAUUUUACAGUAAUUUACUCUGCUUGAUUUCAUCGUGAAUUAAUUGAACUAAUGUGAUUUACUUUAUUUUCAUUUGAAUUUCAUUUUUCAAAACUUUUCAGCGCAAAUAGCAAAAAAUUAUUCCAAGUGAAAAUAAAGUAUUUACAAUGUAAAAUGUGUGUGGUUUGAAUUUGUUGUAUGUACCAUGAAAUCAAAUUACACAAAUUUUGAAUUACUGAUGUGUACCAUAAAUUAAAAUUCCAUGCAUUCUGUAUUAUUGGUACUACAAUAAAUUCAAACCACACAAAUUUUGAUUUACUGUUGUGUGCCAUAAAAAAAAUUCCAUGCAUCAUGAUUUACUGGCACGCACCAUAACAAUUAAAAUCACGCAAAUUUUGAAUUACUGGUACACAUAAUGAAUUCAAAUUGAAAAAAAAAUUGAAUUUCUGAUGCGUGUUGUAAAUUAAAAUUCCAAGCAUUCUGAUUUAUAGGUUCAUACCAUGAAUUCAAAUUGCAAGAAUUUUGAAUUACUGGUUUGUACCAUGCAUUCAGAUUUGUUGCCAACAAAUCACAAGUGGUUUGAAUUACUAGUGAGCAUCCUAGAUUUGAAUUCCACAAAUUCUGAACUAUUGGCACAGACUAUAAAAAUCACAUAGCCAUUCAGGAUGACUGGAUGGAUUCUAUUUUAAAGCUGAAAAUUAAUUAAAAUCAUGCAUUUUUAACAUCCCAGAAUGAAAUCAAACUUUACAGUUAUACAGCAUGUUCUGAUUCAAAAUGGCUGGUUUCAGUUUUGUUUUUUAUUGCAAGACGAAAGCUGUAUCAUAUUUACGCACAAAUGUGUGCUCAUUUGUUGCCAGUUAUGAGGCUUGCAUGUUAUUUUACAGAAUACAUUUAAGGAUGAUAUUUUGUUAAUCCCUAUACUAGUAGCUCAUUUGCAUACUGUUGUCAUGACGUCUAUGUACUUUAAUAUCUCAGACAUAUUUUUACAUUGUAACUCAGACCAGACAUCUUUAGAUAAAUAAACAUUAUAGUUAUGUGUUGUCAAUUAAAAGUAAUAACAAUGAAACAAA